AUGCACAGGUAUCGUGCUGGCAGCGGCACUAGUGCAGUUAAUAACAGUACCGUAGGCGGGCCAUCUUAUAGGGAUACUGGAAGAUCUGAUUCUUCUUUUCCAGCUCACUUCCCUGUAAAUUCAAGGCGACAACCACCGUUGAACAUAAACCCAUACAAGUUGAAGUGUGAUAAAGAACACUUGAAUUCUAGGCUUGGGGCUCCAGAUUUUGUUUCCCAAACACCGAAUUGCGUCGAGGAGACUCUGACCAGAGAAUAUUUGCAAUCUGGAUAUAGGGAUACAGUUGAGGGACUUGAGGAAGCUAGAGAAAUUUCAUUGACUCAGGUUCCACAUUUUAACAAGACAAUUGUUCAUAAUUGCAGAGAGGCUAUUAAAAAACGUCUAAGGGCCAUCAAUGAAUCCCGUGCUCAAAAGAGGAAGGCUGGUCAAGUAUAUGGAGUGCCUCUUUCGGGAUUACAACUUGCCAAGCCUGGUAUUUUCCCUGAACUAAAGCCGUGCAGUGAGGACUUCCGGAAGAAAUGGAUUGAGGGUUUAUCUCAACCGCACAAGCGGUUACGCACUUUGGCCGAGCAUGUUCCGCAUGGUUAUAAAAAGUCAUCACUUUUGGAAGUUCUUAUCAGGAAUAAUGUUCCUUUGCUAAGGGCCACUUGGUUCAUAAAGGUUACAUACCUGAAUCAGGUUCGACCAGCUUCUGUUGGCGUUCCUUCUGGGACUGCUGACAAAAUUCAGCUGUCUCGUACAGAGAUUUGGACCAAAGAUGUUAUCCAUUACUUGCAAAUUCUUCUUGAUGAGUUUUUAUCAAAAAAUACUCCUCAUUCUACUCUUCAUAAUCGAGAGCGGUCACCACAAAUGCCUUAUGCUGGAACGCUGCUGCACAAAAGUGAUCCGUUACUAUCCUUUUCUGCUGGUGAAGAGCCAUCUUUACAUUUUAGAUGGUGGUAUAUCAUUCGGCUUUUGCAUUGGCAUCAUGCUGAAGGGCUGAUUCUUCCUUCUCUUGUUAUUGAUUGGGUUUUGAAUCAACUUCAGGAAAAAGAUCUGCUUGAGGUUUGGCAGCUGUUAUUGCCUAUUAUAUACGGCUUCCUAGAAAUUGUUGUUCUGUCUCAAACCUAUGUGCGCACUCUUUCUGGAUUAACUCUUCGCGCCAUUCGUGAUCCUGCUCCAGGUGGAUCAGAUCUAGUAGAUAAUUCCAGAAGGGCAUAUACAACAUAUGGUCUGAUCGAGAUGCUCCAGUAUUUAAUACUUGCAGUGCCAGAUACCUUUGUUGCUUUGAAUUGCUUUCCUUUGCCAUCCACCAUAGUCUCACAUACAAUGAAUGAUGGCAGUUUUGUACUAAACUCAACCGAGGCUGCAGGUAAGAUAAAGAAUAGUUCAGAGGAUUUUGCUCGGAUUGUUUCAUGUAUUCAGAAACGUGCAGAAGAUCUUGCCAAUGCUACAAGCCCUUGCAAUCCAGGUCAUUGUCUGGCUAAGGUAGCAAAAGCCUUGGAUAAAUCCCUUAUGCUUGGUGAUUUACACGAAGCAUACAAGUUUCUUUUUGAAGAUUUUUGUGAUGAAACUGUGUCUGACACUUGGGUUGGAAAAGUGAGCCCUUGCUUAAGGUUAUCUCUGAAAUGGUUUGGGACUGUACAUACAUCUCUUAUAUAUUCAGUGUUUUUCAUCAGCGAGUGGGCAACAUGUGAUUUCAGGGAUUUUUCUACUACUCCUCCUAGUGACAUAAAAUUCACAGGUAGGAAAGAUCUUUCUCAAGUGCAAAUAGCAGUUAGACUUUUGAAAAUGAAACUGAAGGAUUUGAAAACUUCAAGACGAUCUAAUCAAAGCAUUCCCAGAGCUAAUUAUGUUGCAAAACAUGCAAGUCAGAGGCAUAAUCGCAGUUACGUGGCUACUGGUUCUUCAGUUAUAUCUGAAAGCCCGGGUCCUCUCCAUGAUAUUAUAGUUUGUUGGAUUGAUCAACAUGUGGUGCAUAAAGGGGAAGGUCUCAAGCGGCUACAUUUAUUUAUAGUUGAACUAAUACAUGCAGGAAUCUUUUACCCCUUGGCAUAUGUACGCCAGUUGAUUGUGAGUGGGAUCAUGGAUAUGGAUGUGAGUUCUGUUGACGUGGAGCGGCGAAAGAGACACUCUCACAUCUUAAAGCAGCUGCCUGGGCACUUUGUGCGUGAUGUUUUGGCAGAAUCCGGGAUUGCUGAUGGGCCGCACCUCAAUGAGGCUUUGCAAAUUUACUUGACUGAACGGCGCCUCAUACUUCGCGGUUCUCUGAGUGAGCUCAAUGACGAUGUCAGCAGUACCAAAGUCUCUGGUUUGAAGCGAAAACGAUAUCCAGUUUCUUCAAAGGACGGGAUUUCUACGGUAUCAACCGAUCAGUGGAAAACUGUUCAAGCUCCAGUAUCUUCUAAAAGUGCAAAAGAUGGUGCUAGCAUUGAAGAAAUUAAAGAAUCCAUAUCAGUAUUGUUACAACUACCUAAUAGUGUAUCUAAUUUAAACACAACAGGAUGUGAUGAAUCUGAAGGCAGUGUUAGAAAACCUACCUGGCCUAAUUACAACAAGAUUGAACCAGUGGAGAGCACACCUGGGUGUGAAGAAUGUAGAAGAGCAAAGAGACAAAAGUUAAACGAGGAAAGAAGCUUAUUUGUUCCAGGUGAUGAUGAUACAUGGUGGGUGAAGAAGGGUUUGAAAUCCUCAGAACCUCUCAAAGUUGACCAGCCACAAAAGACAACCAAGCAGGUUACUAAGAAUCGUCAGAAGAAUGUGCGUAAAAUGAGUCUUGCUCAACUGGCAGCUUCUAGAAUUGAGGGUAGUCAAGGGGCAUCAACCAGUCAUGUGUGUGAUAAUAAGGUAAGCUGUCCAUACCAUAGAAGUGCUGUAGACGGAGAUGCUCCAAAGUCUGUGGAUAGCAUAAGGACUAGUAUCUCUAGGGAUAUUGUUUUUGUUGGCAAAGCGCUGAAGCAACUUCGUUUUGUUGAGAAAAGGCUUGUAGCAGCUUGGCUUUUGACUGUUGUUAAGCAGGUGAUUGAAGAGACUGAAAAAAGUAUUGGUAAAGUUGGACAAUAUGGAAGGGCUUAUUCUAUGGUGGAUGAUAGAAGCUCAAUACGGUGGAAACUCGGCGAAGAUGAACUUUCUGGGAUACUUUAUUUGAUAGACAUCACUGAUGAUUUGGUAUCUGGUGUCAAGUUUCUCCUAUGGUUGAUGCCAAAGGUUCUUAGUAGCCCCAAUUCUUCAAUUCAUAGUGGGAGGAAUAUUCUGAUGCUACCAAGAAAUGUGGAAAACCAAGUUUGUGAUGUGGGAGAGGCUUUUCUGCUAUCAUCACUUAGAAGGUAUGAGAACAUUCUCGUUGCAGCAGACCUUGUUCCUGAAGCUUUGUCAUUUGCAAUGAAUCGUGCAGCCACUAUUAUUGCAUCUAGUGGAAGAGUGUCAAAUUCAGGAGCCACAGCUUUUACUCGGUAUUUAUUAAAAAAAUACAGUAAUGUUGCUAGUGUCGUUGAAUGGGAGAAAACUUUUAAAUCUACAUGUGAUGCAAGACUCUCCGCUGAAUUUGAGUCUAUUAGGUCAGGGGAUGGAGAAUUAGGGUUGCCCUUUGGAGUUCCGACAGGAGUUGAGGACCCUGAUGAUUUUUUCCGUCAGAAGAUAAGUGGUAGCCGGUUACCAUCCAGAGUAGGUGCAGGAAUGAGAGACAUAGUACUGCGCAACAUUGAAGAGGCGUUCCAAUAUCUUUUUGGAAAAGAUAGAAAGCUCUAUGCUGCUGGUACACCAAAAAGUCCUUUAGAAAAAUGGGACAAUGGAUAUCAAAUUGCUCAACAAAUAGUUAUGAGUUUGAUCGAAAGCAUAAGGCAGACUGGCGGUGCUGCUCAAGAAGGGGAUCCCUCUUUGGUGUUGUCUGCGGUUUCUGCAAUUGUUGGCUGUGUGGGUCCAACUUUAGCCAAAAUGCCUGAUUUUUCUUCUAGCAAUAAUCAGUCAAGUAUAGUGUCUUUGAACUAUGCCAGAUGCAUUCUGCGAAUGUUUAUAACCUGUCUGCGCCUGCUUAAGGAAGCCCUGGGGGAACGCCAAAGCCGUGUGUUUGAUAUUGCUCUUGCAACCGAAGCUUCUAAUGUUUUUGCUGGUGUUUUUGCUCCCAGUAAAGCAUCUCGAGCUCAGUUUCAAAUGUCUCCUGCUGAAGUCCAUGAUACUAGUGCCACUAAUUCAAAUGACGUGGGAAACAACUCUAUUAAAACUGUGGUUACAAAAGCAACAAAAAAUGCUGCUGCUGUUUCUGCGCUUGUUGUGGGUGCAGUUAUAUAUGGUGUUACCAGCCUGGAGAGAAUGGUUACCAUUCUUAGGUUAAAAGAGGGGCUAAAUGUGAUACAAUUUAUAAGAAACACAAGAUCCAAUUCAAAUGGAAACGCCCGUUCUGUUUGGGCUUUUAAGGCAGAUAAUUCAAUUGAAGUUCAUGUCCACUGGUUUAGAUUGCUUGUUGGGAACUGCAGAGCCCUCUGUGAAGGAUUAGUGGUGGACCUCUUGGGUGAACCAUCUAUUUCAGCUCUUUCAAGGAUGCAACAUAUGCUUCCUUUAAGUUUGAUUUUUCCACCAGCGUAUACAAUAUUUACAUUUGUUAGAUGGCGGCCGUUCAUUCUGAACGCUAAUGUCACAGUUCGUGAAGACACGAAUCAACUUUACCAGUCUUUAACAAUAGCUAUAGCUGAUGCUAUAAAACAUUUGCCUUUUCGUGAUGUAUGUUUUCGAGACUGUCAAGGGCUUUAUGAUCUAAUGGCUGCAGAUGAAAGUGAUGCUGAAUUUGCAGCCCUGCUAGAGUUGAAUAGCUCUGAUAUGCAUUUAAAAUCCAUGGCUUUUGUUCCUCUUCGUUCUAGGCUUUUUCUGAAUGCCAUGAUUAACUGUAAGAUGCCACCAUCUAUUUUUACAAAGGAUGAUGUGAACCGUGUUUCUGGACCCGGUGAAUCUAAGAUUAAGUUUGCAAAUGGUGAUUCUAAGCUUCAGGAUAAGCUCGUGCAUAUUUUGGAUACCUUGCAGCCUGCCAAAUUUCAUUGGCAGUGGGUUGCACUCAGGCUGAUUUUAAAUGAACAAGCUCUCAUUGAAAAACUGGAGGCACAUGAUAUGUCUCUAUCUGAUGCCAUACAGUUGUCCUCACCUAGUCCAGAGAAGGCUGCUGCUGCUUCCGAGAAUGAGAACAAUUUCAUUCAAAUACUUCUCACUAGGUUACUGGUUAGACCUGAUGCUGCACCUCUUUUUUCGGAGUUGGUUCAUCUCUUUGGUAGGUCUCUACAAGAUUCAAUGUUGAUGCAAGCUAAGUGGUUCCUUGUAGGCCAAGAUGUCCUCUUUGGUCGGAAGACUAUUAAACAAAGGCUACAUAACAUAGCAGAGAGUAAAAGACUUUCUGCUAAGGCCCAGUAUUGGGAGCCGUGGGGUUGGUGUAGUCCAUGUACCGAUCCGGUGGCUGUCAAAGGGGAAAAGAAGUUUGAUGCCACAUCACUUGAAGAAGGAGAAGUUGUUGACGAAGGGGUAGAUCUGAAGAAGAGUCUAAAAGGGCUCUCUCAAGUGUUUGACUCUGAAAGCUCAAGAGUAAAUCAGCAACAUCUGACUGAGAGGGCUCUUAUUGAGUUGCUUCUUCCUUGCUUAGACCAAAGCUCUAACGAAUCUCGCAAUUCCUUUGCGAAUGAUUUGAUGAAACAGUUCGCUAAUAUUGAGCUCCAGAUAAAUGCUGUUACAGGUGGAAGUAAGCCAGUGGGAAGUACUUCUCCUGGAAUUGAAGGCCAGACAACUAAAACGAAUACCAGGAAAAGUAUAAGAGGUGGCAGCACCCCUGGAUUAGCUAGGCGACCGGCAGUUGCAAUAGACUCUUCUCCACCAUCUCCUGCAGCUCUACGUGUUUCAUUGUCACUUCGUUUGCAGUUACUCCUGAGAUUUCUUCCUAUUCUUUGCAUGGAAAGGGAGCCAUCUGUGAGGAAUAUGAGGCAUUUUCUGGCACCUGUGAUUCUUCGUCUCCUAGGAAGCCGGGUUGUGCAUGAGGAUGCAUAUAUUUCGCUGAAUGCCAUGCAUUCUAAGAAGGAUUCAGAGUCAUCUUCUGAAGCUGCUUCUGUUGCAUUUGUAGACUUUUCUGCCGAGGGUCUAUUUGACCGUUUGUUGUUGGUCUUACAUGUUCUGUUGAGUAGUUAUCCUCCAAGUUGGCUUAGGCCGAAACCUGGUUCAAAGUCUAUCAACGAACCUACAAAGGAAUUUUCUGCAUUUGACCGAGAGUUAUUGGAGAAUAUGCAGAAUGACUUGGACCGUAUGCAUCUGCCUGAUACUAUCCGGUGGCGUAUCCAAGCUGCAAUGCCGGUGCUUUUUCCCUCUAAGCGGUCCUCUUUCUCCUGCCAAGCUCCACCUGUUCCAACCUCUGCUCUUGUUUCUCUUCAAGCCUGCAGUACAGUUCCUGGCAUUAACUCAAGUAGUUCAGCUACCUCUCUUAGAAACCCGGUUCUAUCCAGGGUUGCAGGUAAUCCAUCCGCAAAGUUAAAACAACAGGAAAGUGAAUCAGAAAUUGAUCCUUGGACGCUUUUAGAAGACGGCGCUGGAUCUUGCCCUUCUGCAAGUCAUACUGCUAGCAUAGGAGGCGGUGACCAUGCUAAUCUUAAAGCUGCGAGCUGGCUUAAAGGAGCUGUAAGGGUGAGACGGACAGACCUUACAUAUGUCGGGGCUGUAGAUGAUGGCAGCUGA